UGUGCCAGUGAACAUCAAAUCUACGAACCGAUCGCCGUUUAAAUAGUGUUUCAAUUAAGAACAAGAACUGAGAAAAGUGUGGUGAAAAUGGCACCCAACUUGACCUGUGUGGGGAUUCUUCUACUGCAACUCAUGAGCUUGGCUUUGGCCGAUGUCUCGCACUUGGAUUACUCCAUUAAACCGAGUUCGCAGUUGGCCUACUACCACUAUCCCGCUCCCAGUCGACCAGGUGUUCAGCGGACAGCCCAGAGAACCCAGUACCAACAAUCCCAGCAGCAGCAGUAUCCCCAUGUGGCUACACAGUUUGCUGAACCCGCUCUGGAGCAGGCUGCCUUCACCCAGGCCUUGACCAGUCAGGGUUAUGUGUUUGGAGCACCCUCGUCGUCACUUCAGGUGGCUCCAUCGCAGCAGGUGGCCAGGUCUUCCGGAUCGGUCACUGGUCGCUCCAUCGCCUCCGCCGUGGAUGCCAACUCGCUGAACCUCAAGUUGCCCGUGCCCUUUGGCAUUGCACCACUGAAUGUGGCACAACUGCCGCUGCAGGCUGGUGCCCCCUAUGCCAGUGUGCCCCGGACUACAGGCCUCACUUCCUAUGGCACACCGCAGAUACAGAGGCGUUGAUACAUUCCUAGAAUAAUAAUAAGUUUAAUAGCAGAGCCAGAGCCAUCCCGACUGAUCAUCAAACUGCGAUGACUUCUCCUCUUAGUGAAUAUACACAUACAUUGAUAAUAAACUUGCCAUCUAAGCUUAGUCUUUUGGUUG